AUGAAGGUUGUGCUCUUCCUGUUGGCCCUCUUGGGCUCCUCUCUGGGUCUCAUCUUCGACCGUGAGUGUCCCAAUCACUCUGUCGUGGAGAACUUUAACACUGAAGAGUACCAAGGAGUCUGGUACGAGGUUUAUCGCUACGAGACGUCUGAACAGUACGGAAGCGACUGCGCCACCUUCGAGUACCGAGCCACCGGACCCGACAGCUUCGAUCUGGAGUUCCGAUGGGUCUACAUCGAGAACAACUUCCAGGAAUUGUACACCUACGGAAACGCCAAUCGCGCGGCCGGUGCCGGAAACAGUGCUCGCUUCCAAGCUGUCUUUGACCAUGAGCCUGGCAGAACCAUCAACUACCACGUCCUCGCCACUGACUUUGAAUCCUUCUCGCUGAUCUGGAGCUGCCACAAUCUCGGCAAUGGACAAUCCAACGAGGACGCUUGGGUGCUGUCGAAGGUUCCCAAUCCGGAUCCCGAGGAGUUCGAGCAAGUUGUCGGCGGAGCCAUCGACCAAUACCUCGAGAGGAAUCAACUCCGUGGCACAGUGCAGGGCUGGGAAAACUGCACCGAUAUUCCGGCUCGCGCUUACUUCGGCCUCAAAUAA